AUGGCCAUUGUUGACAAAAGGAAGCUUCAAGAAGAAGAAGAAGCAUCAGCUGUUGCUCGUUUCUAUAAGAUUAUUUUGGGUUGGGACUAUAAACAGCUUUCAAAAGAGAAUGAAAGAAAAAACAAGAAGGAUUCUGAAGGGAAGUUGAGUGUUGUAAAGAAUACUUAUAAAGAUGUUGAUGAUUAUUUUGAGACCUUUGAGCCUUUGCUCUUUGAGGAAGUCAAAGCUCAAAUCUUGCAGAAUCAAGAUAGUGAAGAAGCAUGGGUGUGUAAAAUGAGAUUGGUAAUGGAGUGCAGCGAGGCUGAUGGGUUUCACAUUCUUCUAGUCACUUACGAACACGAGGAGGAUGAGUAUCUUGCACCAAAUGAUCUUUUAUUGCUAUCUAAAGAAGAGGUUAAAGGGAGUUCAUUUCCUUCAUCUUAUGCGUUCGCUGUUGUGGAAAACCGUCAAAGUAAUCAUCUUCGUCUUCGGAUGUAUUUAGCUGAAGAGGUAGUUCAGAUAACCAAAAAUACGAAAUACUCUAGAACAAAGCCAUUUCUACAAUCUCUCUCAGAUAUGCGUUCUCUUAUUACAUCCUCUGCAAGCCUUUUAGACAAAAGGGUGUUCAGUUUAAAGUUAUGUGGUUUAUCAACCAUUAUUCGGGAAUAUAUAGCACUACGAUCAAUCAGUUCGCUUCCUUUCAAGGAUUUAAUCUUCACUGCAGCAGAGAAGUCUUGUGGUUUUGGAGAUGACGCCUGGAAAAUAUCUGGACCUCUUCAUGAAUUCUUUAGCGAGAAUCUUAAUAAAUCUCAAAAGGAGGCAAUUGAUGUUGGUCUAUCAAGAAGAUCCUUUGUCUUGAUACAGGGUCCUCCAGGAACUGGGAAAACUCAGACAAUUCUUAGCAUUCUUGGUGCCAUUAUGCAUGCCACUCCAGCACGAGUUCAAUCCAACGAGCAUGAACUAAAGCGUCGUCGAGUUCAGAUGACCACUGAGGAGAAUUACAAUCAUUGGGUAGGAGCUUCUCCUUGGGUUUUGAGUGUCAACCCACGAGAUGCUGUCAUGCCUGAAGAUGGUGAUGAUGGGUUUUUUCCGACCUCAGGAAAUGAUAUGAAACCGGAAGUGGUUAAUACAAGCCGGAAGUAUAGGAUUCGUGUACUUGUCUGCGCUCCAUCAAACUCUGCACUUGAUGAGAUUGUAUUGCGUCUUCUGACUACUGGUCUUCGUGACGAAAACGCACAGACAUACACACCCAAAGCUGUACGAAUUGGUCUCAACGCACAUCACUCCGUCAUGUCAGUAUCGCUGGAUCACCUCGUGGCACGAAAGCGUGGCUCAGGAACUGAUGUAGAUAGCAUCCGGACUUCUAUUUUGGACGAGGCUACAAUUGUGUUUGCUACUCUUAGCUUCAGUGGGUCACCACUUCUCGCUAAAUCAAACCGUGGUUUUGACGUCGUUAUCAUAGAUGAAGCUGCACAAGCUGUUGAGCCGGCAACUCUCAUCCCCUUGGCUACGAGGUGCAAACAAGUAUUUCUGGUUGGUGAUCCAAAACAACUCCCAGCUACUGUAAUUUCAACUGUUGCUCAGGAUUCUGGCUGCGGUACAAGCAUGUUUGAGAGACUUCAAAAGGCUGGUUAUCCAGUGAACAUGUUGAAAACCCAAUACCGAAUGCAUCCAGAGAUAAGAAGCUUUCCGUCAAAGGAAUUCUAUGAAGAGGCACUAGAAGAUGGAGCUGACAUUGAAGCUCAGACCACUCGUGACUGGCAUACAUACCAGCUCAAGUCAAGUUCUCAGCUAGCUAUUAUAUCGCCUUAUAACUACCAAGUAAAAACUCUCAAAGAUCGGUUCAAGGAGAUGUUUGGUGCAGAAGCAGACAGAAUGGUUGAUAUCAACACUGUCGAUGGGUUCCAGGGAAGGGAGAAGGAUGUUGCAAUAUUUUCAUGUGUUAGAGCUAACGAUAGAGGUGAAAUUGGGUUUCUAUCUAAUUCUAGGCGGAUGAACGUGGGGAUUACACGAGCUAAGUCUUCUGUUUUGGUUGUUGGUUCAGCUGCAACAUUAAAGAGUGAUCCACUCUGGAAAAAACUUGUAGAAAGUGCUGAGAAGAGAAACAGAUUGUUCAAGGUAUCGAAGCCAAUGAAUGAUUUCUUCAGCGAGGAGAAUAUGGAGAAGAUGAAAGUGACGGAGAAAGAUAUGGAGAUUCCUGAUGCACUAGGUUUUGAAGAUGAAGCUCCUCCACUUGCAACAAAUUACGGUGGAAAUGAUGAUAACAACUUUGGAGAUGGUGGUGGUUAUGAAGAAGAUGCAGCCUUAGCUGAAGAUGACUAA